AACCACGUGACCCACAGGAACAUGGAGCUGGAUCUCCUGCACCUUGCCUCUCCAACCUAUCGCUCAUUAUACACACGAUGCACUGAUGAAAACUCAAAGAACCAGUGAAGAUAUGGAUGAGAAGACACGAACAUUAUUUUCAGAGCUCCUUUAGCUUUUCUUGCAUCAUUCCACAUCAUCAUUGCACAUCAUCGGAUCACACAGGAUCUGAUCUUAGACCUGAGGAUCCAAGUCGGAGAUCCAGUUGGCGUAAAAAUCGUGUAGUGCAUAUAUCCGUGUAUAGACUAAAGUGAUUGCUUGUCGACGUGUCUGAGUGUAUUAUAGCCUCGUAACACACACACGCGCGCGCGCACUCACUCACUCACACUCACACAAGCACACACACUCACACGCACGCACCAUCUCUCUCUCUCUCUCUCUCUCUCUCUCUCUCUCCCCCUGUGUACUUGAUGCCCUUCAGUUCUACACAUUCUGCUGAACCAGGCAGGCGGAUUUAACCCUAGAUGUGGAAUAAAGACUUAAAAUACCUCACAUAAGAAGAUACGGUGGUAACGCAAAGAAGGUCAGAAAAUCAUGGCACCAAAUCCUGUCAUUCAAGCCAUGAUUGAUCUAUCAGCCGGAGCAUGUGGUGGUAUAGCAUGUGUGCUGUGUGGCCAGCCGUUUGAUACCGCCAAGGUAAAGAUGCAGACGUUUCCUGGGAUGUACCGUGGCUUUGUGCACUGCUUUGUGUCCAUCUCAAAGCAGGUGGGGUUGCGUGGUCUGUAUCAUGGCACUACCCCAGCCCUGAUGGCCAACAUCGCUGAGAAUGCAGUUCUGUUCAUGAGCUAUGGCUUCUGCCAGAAUGUUGUGCGCUUUGUGGUUGGCCUGGACAGAGGAACAGAGCUCAGUGAUUUUCAGAAGGCUUGCUCUGGAUCUGUGGCCUCCAUCUUCUCCUCACUGGCUUUGUGUCCCACUGAACUAGUGAAGUGUCGUCUGCAGGCAAUGCACGAAAUGCAGACAUCAGGCAAGAUCGCUGGCGGACAGAAGAGCACUGUGUGGUCUGUAAUUAGACAUGUGUUAAAGACAAAUGGACCUCUGGGCUUUUAUCAAGGCCUGUCUACUACUAUAGUUCGUGAGAUUCCUGGCUAUUUCUGCUUCUUUGGAGGCUAUGAGCUGAGUCGUUCUGUUUUUGCCCAUACUAUGGGCAGGAACAAAGAGGACAUAGGCAUUGUGCCGCUGAUGUUUAGCGGUGGGUUUGGAGGAGCCCUUCUCUGGCUAGUUGUCUAUCCAAUAGACUGUGUGAAGUCCCGCAUUCAAGUUCUGUCCCUGGCUGGAAAACAAGAAGGCUUUAUAAAGACAUUCCUUGGUAUUGUACACAAUGAAGGAGUGCGGCCUCUGUACUCAGGUCUAACCCCAACUAUGAUCCGGACAUUCCCUGCCAAUGGCGCACUUUUUCUAGCCUAUGAACUUAGCCGUAAGGCAAUGAUGAAACAGUUUGAUGUGUGACACAAGGAACAUUUUUAAACAUUCUGUGCUUACUACACAUUAGAGUUGCCCUUUAUAAUUUAAAGGUUUAUUCUAAAUAACUUGAAUGCUGCUUAUUUUUUAUAUUAUUUUUAAAAUUGAUUUUAUUAUUUUAUGCUCUUAUUUUAUCUAGCAGCUCAUUAAAUCUUUAAUAAGAAAAUAUUUUCCCAGAAGCACAAUUAAUUAUUUUACCAUGUAACUUUACUUUUCAUCCAGGACUGUGUGACAAACGAGAUGCAUUUCCUUUGUCAAUAAACUUUUAAGAAAA